AUGGACAAUUCGGAAGUUGAAAAAAACGCUCCAUGGGGUUUGGCUAGGAUAUCUCAUCGGAAGAGCCUCAGUUUCGGGACCUUCAAUAAAUAUCUUUACUCAGAGGACGGUGGAGAAGGCGUUGAUGUCUAUGUGAUUGACACCGGAACCAACGUUGAGCACGUUGAUUUUGAAGGUCGAGCUCAUUGGGGCAAGACCAUCCCUGCUGGUGACCCAGAUGAGGACGGCAACGGCCACGGCACCCACUGCUCUGGCACGAUUGCGGGCAAGAAAUUUGGCGUGGCAAAAAAGGCUAGUGUCUACGCUGUCAAAGUUUUGAAGUCAAACGGAUCUGGAACAAUGUCCGAUGUUGUAAAGGGAGUUGAGUGGGCCGCAAUCUCACACACGGAGAAGGUCCAAGCUGCCAAAAAAGGCAAAGGCAAGAAAGGCUUUAAGGGUAGUGCAGCCAACAUGAGUUUGGGUGGGGGCAAAUCAACCACUUUAGAUCUGGCAGUCAAUGCUGCCGUCGACGCAGGCAUCCAUUUCGCUGUUGCCGCUGGGAAUGACAACACCGAUUCUUGCGAUUAUUCUCCAGCUGGUGCUCAAAACCCCGUCACCGUUGGGGCAUCAAACUUGGAGGACGAGCGUGCAUACUUCUCAAAUUACGGCAAAUGCAACGACAUCUUUGCACCUGGGUUGAAUAUUCUCUCAACGUGGACUGGCAGCAAAUAUGCAACCAAGACUAUCUCUGGCACAUCAAUGGCCUCUCCUCACAUCGCUGGUCUACUUGCUUACUUUCUCUCCCUGCAACCAACGCAAGACUCUGCAUUUUCUGUCGCCGAGAUUACACCAAAGCAGCUGAAGAAAGCCAUUAUAUCUAUCGGUACCAUUGGAAGUCUCACUGAAGUGCCUAAGGACACCGAAAACGUCCUCGCGUGGAAUGGCGGCGGAUCGUCAAACAUGACUGAGGUAUUUGGAGACGAGAGCCUGUCCGAAGAGUACCGCACACUACCUGUGUUUGACUUCGUCGACUAUCUUGAAAGCUCCCAACAGGUCAUUCGGGAACUUAAAUAG